AUGGUCCACAGCAGCAGCUCUAAACAGGCCAUUAACAUGGAAGAGUUAAUAGGCUUUUGGGCCGAUCACAUCACCAGAGGCACUGAGUUCAAAUGCCGCUUGGACAUUGUGGACUCGACAGAAGUGUCUAACCUGUUCACAUCAGACGCGUGCUUCACUCACCUCAGGGAGGAUCAGAAUUUCUCCCCAUUGCCAAAAGUAACCAGAGAUUCAGUGAGGCAAUACCUUCAAUUCAGUCCUGACCAAUCAGUGAUCAUCUUACAUGCCAAAGUUGCUCAGAAGUCUUAUGGCAAUGAGAAGAGGUUUUUCUGUCCGCCUCCUUGCGUGUAUCUCAGUGGACAUGGAUGGAAACUCAGACAGGAGCAACUUAAAGCAUUAGGUCUAGGAGAGUCCAGUUGUCGGCUUUUCGGUUACAUGGGUCUGGACAGCUCCACUGAUCCACGGACAGACAGUUUCAAGCUGAGCUUUGAGGAGCAGACAGACAGGAGGGUGAGACAUUGCCAAAGCCCAGCCAUCAAAGAGGAAAGUGUCUGUAGGGUUUAUGAGAGGACAUGACCCCUGUGUGUACAGAUAGAUUUAGAGAUGGGAUCAUAUGUUUAUUCUAUUAGUGUUACAACCAGGUUUAAAAAAAUACACCUGUUUUCCUCUUCAGAUGAGAUCUCGAAAAUGUCUCAAACUGUGCUCAGAUUUACCAAGAUGUGA